CCUCCGAUCUUGUUUCUUAAUUUAGUUUCUGACAGGUUUGGUUUUUGUUGGAAAAAGGUCGGAACACAAUCUCAGUUUUUAUCUGAGCUUUGUUUGCCGAACUGCUUGCCGGUUUUCAAAUCUCGAGGCAAAAUGCCUGACGUUUUCUAAUUGUUCAUUAGAGGAAAAGAUUCUCUACAUCUCAGUGAUCUCACACACGCACUCUCUCUCUCUCUUGCUUCGUCGUCUUCCACUUUUUUUUUUUUGUAACUGUCGACUUCCAGGUGAAAAAAAAAAGACUGUUACUUUCCAUUAUUGUCGCCGGAGGAUGGUGAACCACGGAGAUGGCGGACGGAGAACAGAGAGGGGAAGGAAAAAGUUGACGGAGAAGAGGUCGAAGAAGUGGACUUUUAGGGCUUACACUUCCGUCCAAAAAGAAGACCAAGAAGCAAGUCUCUGUGAAUAUACACGAAGCCAACCGCAUGAAUCCGCAAUAUUAGAAUAAUCUAUAGGUCCCCUCUUUGAAUUAUCAAUUGUAAACACUUGAUUUUGGGGCCCCUCUUUGAUCUGCUGUGAUAAGUGUGAUUCGUUGUUAUCCGAGAAAGUGGCGAAGAUUUGGAAAAAAAAUGACGAGGGUUGAUUAUUUGACUAUGAUGACCGACAAGGAGAGGACAAAUCUGAUCGGUUCUUGUCUGAAGCAUCUCAAGAUUGCGGCGGAGAAGCCGAUGAACGACGCCGUUUUGCUCGGCGGCUUGGAUUUGGUCACGUCCCUCCUCAGAUGGGUCGCCUCCUUCGCCGCCAUUUAUCUGUUGAUAUUGGAUCGAACAAGCUGGAGGACGAACACGAUGACUUCCCUUUUAGCACCCUACCUCUUCAUAAGCCUCCCUCCUGUUAUUUCCCUGUUUAUGAGGGGAGAGUUCGGGAAAUGGAUUGCUCUCUGCCUAGUUGUACUCAGGCUGUUCUGCCCACAUCGUUUUCCAGAAUGGCUGCAGAUACCAGGAGCCUUGGUUCUUCUUCUGGUGGCUGCUCCGAGCUUCGUGUUAUCAAGGGAUUUAGAGAUCUAUUGCCUUUUGAUCGGCUCUUACUUUUUGGACCGACAUGUCAAAUCUUCUGGUGGAUACAGAAACGCCUUCACUGAAAGGAGGAGGAAGAACAGAGGCAAUGAAGACGUGGUUGAGAAGAAGACGUCAGAGAAUUAACAGAUAAACAAGUACUUAGUCAAAGAACUGACAACUUCAUGAAUCGGCAGUCUUAGAAUAAUUGUACAAAGACUAGGAAGAAAAUGGUGAGGGUUGAGUACUUGACCAUGAAGACUGACAAGGCAUCAUUGGCUGAACUGAUGAGUUCUGGUCUGACCAAGCUGAAGAUGGUGGCAGAGAAUCUGAUCAAUGACGCUGCUAUGCUCUGUGCCUUAGAAUUCAUCACGUGUUUCCUCAGAUGGGCCUCCUCCUCAGCCGCCAUAGUGGAUGGAGAUACCGGGAGCCGCGAUUCUACUUCUGGUCGUUUCUCCAAGCUUUGUCGAGGAAUCGUUGAGGGGCAUUUAACUAUUUUGGCCUUGGGGUUGGAUUCUACCUUUUGGAACAACAUUUCAGAUCCUCUGGUGGAUUCCGAAACUCAUUCACUGAGAGGCAUGCACUUGCAUACAGCCUCGGCUUUGUUCUUCUCAUUGUCUACCCGCUUUGGUCCAUGGAGCAAAUGCAGAGGGCGUGCCAAAGAGGCUUACGUUCGACGAAAUCCAGAGCAAGACAUACUUUGAAGUGAAGGGCAGGAACCGCAAACCAGUGUCCAACCAUUGAAGGUGGAUCUGGCUCAUUUGCUUUCAAGCCAGGCAAAUACUACGCCAAGAAAUUCUGCCUGGAUCCCA